AACGCGAUAACAACACGAUAAGUCUAUUUGAGUUCAGAGGUCAACGACGUAAAGACGACGAGAGGGGGGGAAUAAAGCUUCCACAGGGCUAGAUAAAAACGCGCGUGCGCACAGGGGGUGUACACUGCAGGCCGGCGAAGCUUAGCUUGUAACAGGAUAAAAGUCAGCGAAGAAGGAACAAUGUGCGGUAGUAAGGGUGGGAGGAAGUCAAAAAAAAACCCCCAAGGUAACAGCGAAGCGUGCCGCGCACGGAAAGCAAUAGAAAACAUCCUGGAAUAGCACGCGCGACGCGCGGAGCACAUCCUCCUCCGUAUAGAACACACAGCCGGGAUCUCUGGGCGCCGACAGGGCGGCACGGGGAGAUAUAGAGAUAUAGAGAGGAAAGAGAACGAGGGGGAAAGGCGGGGCUUCCUGAAUAUACAUGUCUUUUCUUCGUUCGUGCGCUCGGCGGUGGUGGGGCGAGCGCGUGUGGGUGUGGGCGCGGGUGCGGGGGUGGGCAUGGGCGUGGGCAGUCGCACCGUCCGUCCACGAGCGCUCGGGCCCGUUCGUCUGCGCGAAUAAAAGUCGUGAAGUAAUAAGUAAGGUAUAGCGAGAGGGGCGGUCGUGGGAGCGUUUGGCGUGGCGGCGUGAGGUGUCGGGGCCGUCGUGAGGUAUCGCAUGCGGGCGUGGAGGGGAGGGGGGGUGUCAGGCAGGGAGGUGGAGAGGUGGAGAGGUGGAGGUGGAGAAGGGAUGCGAGGUAUGCGAGGUAUGUGUGGAGUGGAGUGGAUGGGUGGAUGGGUGGCCGGACGAGACGAGGCGGGACGGGACGGGGCGAGGCGAGGCGG